GCUAGCGUUCUCGGAUGGGCCUCGGUCGGAUUCCUCACCAGGUGCUACCAGCUCGGUCUGCAAAAGAGGAACAUCUUCGAGAACUUCGGAGGUCACGCAAUGCUCAUGGCUGCCUUCGGCGGUGUCGGGUAUUGGGCACACGGGCUCGAGGCAAGGCAAGGGGCCCUAAUUCAAGCAAAGAAGGAACAGAUUCUGAGGAACAGGGAAAGGCUU